GUCAUCCAAAUAAAAAUCAUGUUUCAAGUAGGUCUUGGUUAAUUUUAUUACAAAUUCAUAACACAUUCCAAAACGAUACACAAAACACAACCAACUACACGAAUAACAACACAACACGCCUCACCGCGGUAACCACACACACACAACAAACAAAAAAUAAAAAAGAAAAACGACAAAAAAAAAGUUACACAUUCCAUUACUUACACUAGAAGUUACUAUUUCCGGCGAAGGGAUCCAAGAUGCCACGUGUAAAACCCACCAAAAAGAUCGAUGUCCUGGGGAAUCUGGACCUGCGGCCAGAGGAGGCGGUUGGCGAUUACAUCUGCUCAAAGCAGCAAGACAAGUUCUUCGUAAUUCCUCCAAAUUCGGAUUCCCCAGGUGAUUCCAUUGAACUCAUGUUUGUGAACAAUAUGCGCGAGCACGAUGCUAUGAUCAAGUUGCAGGAAGAGAUGCUGUCCAGCGCCAAGAGGCAGUCCAAGGUGAACCACUCAAGGGUGCGGAACAUGUACAAGAUCCAGGAGCGGUUGCGGCGGCGCUUCAUCGAGGUGAACAGCUUCAUCAAGGACUGCGUGGACAAGAAGCGAGCCGCCGAGAAUACCGCUCGUGGCGAGGAGCUCUACCACAAGGAACUGGGCGAGGGCAUUAGCAGCUUCAAGGACUCGAUCAGUGAGCUUAAGGAAUUCCGGGAGGCUCUUAAGGCCACUGUCCUUGAGUUCCAGCCGUACGAAAAGGUCCUCGAUGAGGUGGUGAAAGUCUCCGACAUAUUUGUCUCCCCGAAGGACUGCACAGAUCGCUGCGAUGCGUUAAUGCUGGCCCAAGUGGAGAUCAGUCAGUUGGAGCAACAGAAACUGCUUGAGAUCGAGAAAAUGCGGCAACGCAUGGUGCAAAUCACGAAUGAAGCUGCCCUCACCGUCCUGGGACUCAAAAAUGAUCUGGCUAGGCUGGAGAGAUCGUACAACGAGUCCCGGGUUCAGUGUCUCAAAUGGGAGAAGAUCCUGGCUCACAGCAAGGACGUCAUUGCCAAUGGUGCCAUGGACAAGGACCGAACACUGGACGCUAUAAAUCACUUGUACAGAAUUCUUUGUCGCCGACGAGAUGUUCCUGGGUGGACUCGAGGUUCUGUGGAAAAGAAAUUGGAUGUUAUUAAAGACGAAGUGGAAAUACUAUUUGGCGUGUUAGAGCAAAUUGAAUCAAUGGAAGGGAAGGCGAAGCUUGGCGAAGCCUCACAAGACCUAUGUUAGCAGAUCGAACAAUCACAAAGUAUACUUAAUGGAUCAAAUAUUGGUAAUAAAAUAUAAAAAUAAACCAAUCAA